AUGUCUACCACACUUCUUCGCACAUCUACUGCAGCUCGUGCUGCUCUUAGAGCCAGCUCUUCCAAACGAGCUGCCUCAAUGGCAAGCACAAGCUUCAUUCGUGGAAAGGUUACUCUUCCAGAUCUUCCAUACGACUAUGGUGCUCUCGAACCCUCGAUCUCCGGCAAGAUCAUGGAGCUUCAUCACAAGAACCAUCAUCAAACCUACGUUAACAGCUUCAACGCUGCGAGCGAGCAAGUCGAGGCCGCUACAUCCAAGGGAGAUAUUGCUGCUGCCAUCGCAUUACAACCCCUCAUCAACUUCCACGGAGGUGGACAUGUGAACCAUAGUUUGUUCUGGGAGAACUUGGCACCAAGCAAGAAUGGUGGUGGUGGAGAGCCCACAGGUGCUUUGAAGACUGCCAUUGAGACCAGCUACAACGAUUUUUCAUCUUUCAAGACAAAAUUCAACGCAGCUUUGGCAGGCAUCCAAGGAAGUGGAUGGGCGUGGUUAGUCAAGGACAACGAGACUGGCCAAGUCCAAAUUAGAACAUAUGCAAACCAGGAUCCAGUCGUUGGCAAGUACACUCCAUUAUUGGGUAUUGAUGCCUGGGAGCAUGCCUACUAUCUUCAAUAUCAAAACAGAAAGGCAGAGUACUUCAGUGCUAUUUGGGAUGUAAUCAACUGGAAGACUGUGGAAAGCAGAUUGAAGUGA